AUGAACGAGGAAACAUCAGAAGAAUCGUCAGUUGCCCACUCAGAAAGUGGUCUAGUGACACCUCGAGAUACUUGGGGAAGGAAGAUAAGUGGGCCAGUUGAUAGAUGGUAUCUAGUUUAUAUAAUAUUCACAAUGCAUGGAAUGGGAAUGCUCAUGUCAUGGAAUAUGUUCAUUACAAUUGCUCCACAGUACUAUCAUGACUACUGGUUCAACAACACUAACUAUCAAGAUAGUUUUAUGUCAAUUAUUGGAGUUACUUCACAAAUUCCUAAUGUUGGAGUCAUGAUUCUAAAUACAAUUGUAGUUAUGGUAGGAUUUAUGAUGCUCCGAGUAGUAAUCCCACUGAUUGUCAACUGUUUCCUCAUCGCUGUAAUCGUGAUUCUGGCUAUCUUUGUGACGCCUUCUCCAGAUACUGUCACGUGGUUUUAUGUUGUGACUCUUAUUAUAAUUAUGGCGAUGAACUUAGCAAACGGAAUAUAUCAGAAUUCCGUGUACGGAAUCGUUGCUGAUUUCCCGGACAACUAUAUAAAUUCAUUGAUUAUUGGAAACAAUUUAUGCGGAGUUUUCACUUCAGUCUUGAGUAUUUUAACCAUUUUGAUUUCUCCAAACGACAUCGAAUUGAAUGCUCUUCUUUACUUUAGUAUUUCUUUGGCAUUCAUGAUCGUUUGUCUGUUUUCACUCUACUUCUUGGUUAGAUUGCCAUUCUAUCAGUAUCACAUGGCAAAAGGAGUAGAGGCAAGAGCUGAAGAAUCCGUCGAUAAUCCAUCUUUGAAGCAGUAUUGGGAAUGUUUUCGAAUGUGUUGGGUACAACUCUUCAACAAUUUCUAUGUAUAUUUUGUAUCUCUUCUCAUCUUUCCGGCGAUGAUGACUGACAGUGUCUAUUCUGAUCCAACACAAGGGAAAACUUCUGUUUUUGGAGAUAAUCUAUUCUACCCAAUCACUACCUUCCUGAAUUUCAAUCUUUUUGCAUGGAUUGGAUCAACUCUAGCCAAUUAUGUCCAAUUUCCAUCAGCUAAAUAUUUAUGGAUUGGAGUAGUCCUGCGAACUGUCUUCAUCCCAUACUAUCUUUUCUGCAACUACCGUCCAGAAACUCGAUUAUGGCCUGUUCUAUUCGAGAAUGAAUGGUGGUUUACAAUCGGAUGCACGAUUAUGGCAAUGACCUGUGGAUAUAUGAGCAGUUUGGCUUUGAUCUACACGCCAGUAGAAGUGCCCGCCAGAUAUCAAAAAUUGAGUGGAAUGCUUGCAUCAAUUUUUCUAAUGCUUGGAAUUCUUGUCGGUGUUGCGAGUACUCCAAUCGCUGCGUGGGCAGUUGAGAAUAUCGGCAGCAAGAAGAAAACAUAA